AUGAAGCUCCCAACCACGGGAAGCAGCGGGCGGAGAGGGUCUUUUCCCAAAGAACUGAAGCGCUGCGGGUGCCUGACGCCCCCCGCGCGCCCGCAGUCGUCGGCCAAGAGCCUGCGGGUGACGAUCGGGGAGGCCUUCGAGCGGCUGCACCGGCUGCUGCGGGAGCGGCAGAAGGCGAUGCUGGAGGAGCUCGAGGCGGACACGGCGCGCACGCUCACCGACAUCGAGCACAAGAUCCAGCGCUACAGCCAGCAGCUACGCAAGGUGCAGGAGGGCAGCCAGAUCCUGCAGGAGCGCCUGGCCGAGGCCGACAAGCACGUCUUCCUGGCCGGCGUCGCCUCGCUCUCCGAGCGGCUCAAGGGCAAGAUCCACGAGACCAACCUCACCUACGAGGACUUCCCCACGUCCAAGUACAUGGGCCCGCUGCAGUACACGAUCUGGAAGUCGCUCUUCCAGGACAUCCACCCCGGGAUCCGCGCUCCGGAUGCGCGUCCAGAAGAGGCGGAGGGGACGCGGCGGCCGGGGGCGCUCGGGGCGGCGACACAUCCCAGCGCCGGAGAGCGAGGAAGGCCAAAGCUUUACUGA